GCGCACUAAAGAGCGCGUGAGAACAGCACGAGCUGCGCUGCUGUGUGUACUGUUUAGUGCGCGAGUAAGCGGUUUACACGGAGAGACGUUUUACGUGGCAGUAAAUCCGGGCGUGACAUCUUCUUCUGAGGAAUGUAACUGUUCUUCCCUCCUUUAAUAAAGCUCAUUCAGCCGGAGGGCAUCUGAGAGUCUUCAUGUGGAGCAUGUGGCAGUUUUUAUGGGCUGCGAUUCUUCCAUCCUUCAUCUUUGCUUAUGAAGUGGACUGGGAAAAGCUGCAGGGUCUCGCCAGAGCAAAGGUGGAGAGUUGUGGAGGAUGACAGCUGAAUAGACUGAGGGAGGUCAAGGCUUUCGUGACCCAAGACAUCCCUCUGUAUCACAACUUGGUUAUGAAGCACAUCCCUGGUGCAGACCCUGAGCUCGUCCUCCUGAACCACUACUACGAGGAGCUGGAUCGCAUCCCGCUGUCACACAUGACCCGUACGGACAUCAACAGUCUUCUGGCUGACUUGGGUUUCUAUAAAAAAGCACAAGCUGAAGAUGAAGUGCCCGAGGAGUUUCGCUUCUCACCAGCUAAAGACAGCCCCUUUAAAGAGCAUCACAUUAGAAGAGAGAACAGAGAGGAGCCUGGGAAAGAGUCAGCGCACAGAGAUUUAUAGUCUUUAUAUGAGAAAAGUUCAUUAGACUCAGUAAUGAAAUAAGUAUAUUUUCCUCCAGACUCUGUGUAUGUGUGUGUUCAGCUUUUUCAGUAUGAAUGUAAACUCAGCUGCUGUUUAUAGAGUCUAGUUUCUGCCCAGAUAAGAAAUAAAUGAUGCCCUAAACUGUAAAAUCAUCCGAUUGGUUUUGGGCUGAUGAUCUGCGUUCUCACUGGUGUAAGAGUUUGGUCUCAAUAAUAGAGCUGCAUCAUAAUACGAGAAAGCAAAAAAUAAAUAUUUUUAACUGGAA